AUGAUGAAAGCUGCAGUGGAGGAGCGUCUCAAAGUUAUGGGGAUAGGAAAAAAUCCCCAAAACAAAGAUAACCUCUCAAACGUCGCCGCCGUACAACAGCCUGAACCGUUGUCAUCACCGCAGCCUAAUACCCAGCAGAAGUCUGUCUAUAGUCCACUGUUUGCUGAAACCCCUGGAAAAGAUAUGGGACCUAGUGCCAAUUUUUCCAAGGAGCUUGAUAAGGAGAGAAGGAUGAAAAGAAAUUUGGCUAAAGAGUUUGGAACACAUGCUGAAGAUGAGUGUGCUAAUGUUCUUGACUUUAUAUAUGUUUCUCCUGCAAAGGCAACUAAGGCUGAAGACUUACGUCGCCGCUCCACGCGCAACCGUACUGUAAAGGAUGAGGAUGUAGAAGAUAAGAAAAAAUAUGUGCAAGCAGAGGCUGUGUUAAAGAAGAAGGAGAAAGCUGCCGCUAAAAGAAAAGCGGUUGCCUCAGUGAAGCAAAAACAGUCUGCGUUAAAGAAACCAAUAGAGGCUGAGUUAAUGAAUGAAGAACAGGCUGAGUUAAUGAAUGAAGAAAAGGCUGAGUUAAAGAAACAAGAAGACGAUAAUGAGAAAAGAAAGAAUAUAAAUCCACCGCGUGCCAAUGUAAAAAGAUGCAAGGUUGAAGAUUCUGGAGAGGGCAGUGAAUUUGCUGAAGACUUACCUCGUCGCUCCAUGUGCAACCGUACUGUAAAGGAUGAGGAUGCAGAAGAUAAGAAAAAAGUUGUGCAGGCAGAGGCUGUGUUGAAUAGGAAGGAGAAAGCUGCCGCUAAGAGAAAAGUGGCUGCCUCAGCUGAGUUAAAGAAUCAAGAAGCCGAUAAUGAGAAGAGAAAGAAUAUAACUCCACCGCGUGCCAAUGUAAAAGGAUGCAAGGUUGACGAUUCUGGAGAGGACAGUGAAUUAGCUGAAGUUCUUGCGGACGAGAAUGAAAUCUUGCCGGAGUCGCCUUUGGAGAGUCAGGAAUUGGUUAGGUCUGCUGUGGUAAAGGAAUAUCUGGAGAGAACGGUUAAAUUAUCUCCACAAGGGUUUGCAUUGUCUGAAGGUACUUCAAGACCAGUUUUUCCGUACAUUGGAGACAAUGGAACGACGUGCAUGAGGAAGAAUGUUGAGCCUUCAUCAGCAAUAUAUGACCUUCUAGCACCUGUUGAUCCGACCUUAUUGGAUAAACUUAUGCAACACAUCUCCAGAGUUCCACCCAAACCACCAGCACCAGCAAAGAAAAGAGUUGUAAGAUCCGCCGCUCAUGAGGGUGACUUCUACAGCAUACUCAUCCUUGAAAGACCGUGGCCGCAUAGCCAAUAUGGAUGGUUAUUUGAUAAUCAUAUCUCUGCGUAUAUUAAUGUCCUCAUUAAGAGGUCCAUGAGAGAUCCCACCCAAUUCUGGACCAAGCGCAUUGCCUUCAUUGAUCCUUGGUUCUUGAGUAAGUGGGUUGACGAUUACAAGCAGUUCAAGAUAAAACCUAAUAUGAUGAAGUUCACAGGGAAUGGUUAUGAAAAUCUUGUACGAGGUAAGCUUCCCGUUAACUUUCAAAGAAACUUGAAGUGGUAUGAACACGUGGAUCACUUGUACGGAUGUCUUCCAACCGGCGGAAACCACUGGGUGGCUUUUCACGUGGAUCUGAAGAAGGAGAAGGUUAAUUGCUAUGAUUCAAUCAUUGGAGUGGUAACAGCCAAAAGUGAGAAGAAUAUGCUUGAUUCAUUUAAACUGGUAACGCUCAUGCUUCCCGAGAUUUUGAAUAAAAACAUUCCUCCCAAUCUCCGAACCCCGAGUAGGAAGAAGUUCGCAUUCAGGAGGAGGAGCAGAAGGUUCACUCCACAAAACACCCAGACUGACGAUUGUGGGGUGUAUGCGUUGAAGUUUGUGGAGUGUCUAGCGCUUGGUGUAAGUUUUGAUGGGAUAAAUGAUGAAAAUAUUCAAGGUUUACGGUUGAAGAUGGCGGCAGAGAUCCUCGAUGAAGGAGGAAACACGGCGUAG